AUGGGGAAUCGUUCUCGUCCGAGUGUGGCAAAGGAAGCCAUGGAACCGAUUGACGAAGAAGCAGAGAGUCCUAGCAGGGAAGCACAACCGAGCAGAUAUCGUCAGUUGAAGUGUUCCGAAGCAAAAUCGGGGGAAAUGUACCUCGACCGGAUACCAAACUUCCAUUGCAAAAGCCUGCCUUCAAGACGCCUUGAGGCAAACUCAGAAGAUAGCUUCAUGCAUAGUCGUGGUUCUAUGUACCAGAGCUCCAGUGAUGUUAGCAGACUCAGGAAACUCCAAGACGGGAGGAAGAAAUUAGAUUCUGCGUACGGAAGAGAUACAGUUAUGUCAUUUGGGACUUCAGAUUCAUCCACCCAGCCAAGCACAAGUGGAGCUUGCUUGGUUCCUGAACGAAGCCGUUCAUACAAGUCGAGGUCUUCUAUUAACAGAAGUUGUGAAUCUAUUCAAGAUGCCAGGGAGUUUCUGGACAUUUCUUCGCGCGAGGUUCCUUAUCAGAACUCGAGGGCUGGAAGGCCACGAAAGGACUGCAAUUUGUUGACAGCUGAUGUAAAAGAUGAUUUCCUACAAUUACCUGUUGAGGAAGACACCGCUAAAUUUUCCUGCGGAAAUACGGCUCCUCAUUUGCUAGAAGGCAGUUGUAGUGAAGGUACAAGAUCAAGCUGCCAAUAUCCUCUUGGUGUUCAUUCUGAUGCAAUCAAUCAUGGCAAAGGUGAUUUGGUGAGUAAUCUGCCCAAGUCAUUGUCAGCUAAGGCGUGUGUUUCUGAUGAUGCCUGUCCAUCAGAUAGUGGUGAUGGUGUUGACGGCAAGAAAAAAGCUCGAUCUAAUCCAUUCAGAAAAAUUAUGGAUCCUUUCAUGAAGUCCAAGUCUAUGAGGAAUCCCUCCCGCAUGGAGAUGGUAGAUGAGAAAUGUGGCAAUCCACCAGUUAGAGGAAAAGAUAGCGCACUGCGCAAACCUUUGUUGAGUGGUAACGCCAGAACUGAACACAGCUCCGCACCUACAUGCCAGACAAGUGGGGAAGCCCGUCCUAUGACCGUUACUUCAUCACCAACUCACCUUCAUGCUGUUCUUAAACUGGAUCCUGAUGAGGGUGCUUUUGGUUUCGAGUUUUCUACCAAGGGUCUGGAAGAAUCCAUUUAUGCUAAUACAUGGAAAUCCGGAAAUGAACUGAACUGGAUUUACACUUUCCAUAGCGCUGGCAAACGAUCUAGUGCCGUGGGAAGGACCUCCAAGGAUAGGCGUGGGUGUCCUCCUCCAAUUGUUGGUCAGAUGCAUGUGUCUUCCUAUCUCUACUCUGAAGUUGAAGAAGAUGGUAUUUUGAAUAACUCAGCCACUAGCGAGUUUGUUUUGUAUGACAUUGCUCAUGCCCGACGGAGCUCUGCUGUCGAUAUAACUCAACGUAAAGAUGCCACCCAACCACCAUUCUGCAAUGUUGUCCGUAAUUCAAUCUCUAGAGAGUCUCUAGAGAGAAAUAAUAUGCUGGAGCGGAGAAGUACUGCAAGAAGUAACUCAGACGCAUUGGCAUCUUGUCUUUGGUCCCAAGAAGAUCUGCAUCCUCAUUUGGAGGUUGCAGCUGUUGUAAUCCAAGUGCCGUUCCACAAAACAGGGUCCAAAGAAGUGAAAGCUGGCUCAGCACCUGGUACGGUCAAAGUGGUUACAACAGGCGGGGCACACGGGUUACCAAGAGAUGAUGACACCAGCCCAUCACCGUUACUUAACCGUCUGAAGAGCGGUGGACAGUGCGACUGUGGUGGAUGGGACAUGUCUUGCCCAAUCGUUGUCCUUGACAAUGCAUAUGAUAGUUAUUGGGUUGAUUCUGUGAUGAAUGAAAGCAAGCAUCCUAUGGAGCUAUUUGUUAAGGGUAACCAAGAAGUUCUCCCUGCUCUUUCAAUGAAAGUAGAUGCGAAAGGGGAUCUCUCCGUGGAUUUUCAUGCACGAUUAUCAGCACUGCAGGCAUUUUCAGUCUGCAUUUCAUUGCUUCACUGCUCUGAAGCUUCUUCAGCCAUUGGUAUAGAGAAAUUCAAGCACAGGCUCUAUUGUAGCUCAUUGAAGAUACUCUUGAAAGAAGAAGUGAAGCAGUUAAUUGAAACAGUAACAGGGAAAGAGAAGAAAAAAGUGAAGAGGAGGAAAGGAAAAACUCCAUCUAUUGUCAACGGCCCUCCCUUCUCACCCAUGGGAAGAGUAUAG